AUGUGCCUGUUACGUUAAGACUCAGUUGUUUUGUAAAUAAAAUGUGAAAAAUCCAACCGAAAACCCCUUAAAGAUAAAUUAGCUUAAAAUUUAUUAAACCAUAUAGUUGAUAAUGUUGUGCUUAGUACGCUUAGCUUCCCCCCUGAAAUUACUGCCCAAAAGUUUGGAGCUGCCAUCUUCUGCUGCCGCCUGUCUGCUGCACACCACUCCAUCAUGUCACACUUUUUGGGAACGCGAAAAGAAAUCCGGCUACAAAACAGCUUUGCCGCAGCCUUCCAAGAAAAAUAUGAUUCUUGAUGGUCUUAAGGAACUCAAAAGUGAAAUUAAUAUGUGGAAGGAAGAAAUGAAGGAGAAAUUUGAAUCAGAUCCUUUGCUAGUAUUCAGACCGGGCGAAACCGAUAUUGUAUUUAACUUUAAAGAUAAAUCAUCUAUAGACAAAUGGGUAGUAACCACUGAUAUGGAUCACAAUGAGGGUAAAAGUACGGCCACUUUACAGCUGAGUAAUGCAGGUGCUGGACUCUUUAGUGGCGAGGUUAAUUCGGAACACAUUAGGGAUGGUGUGAUCAAGAGGACUGGUUAUGCCAAUAUAAGAACCAAAAGAGUUAGGAAAUCUUUUAAACGUGAAUCCACCUACGAUUGGAGCCAAUACAACAUGUUGGUUUUGAAGAUACGAGGAGAUGGUCGCAGUUAUUUAAUAAAUCUGCAUUGCGAGGGCUAUUUUGAUUUAAUGUGGAAUGAUGUUUAUCACUAUGCUUUGUACACCAGAGGUGGACCGCAUUGGCAAAUUGCCAAGAUUCCCUUUUCGAAAUUCUUCUAUUCAUCGAAGGGUCGCGUUCAAGAUCGCCAACAAGCCAUACAAUUGAAUCGUAUUACUCAUUUUGGUUUUUCAGUGGCUGCCAAGAAUGGUAUGGAUGGACCUUUCAAUUUAGAAAUUGAUUAUGUUGGUCUAGAAUUCGAUCCUAGUCACCAUGAAGAAUUUGCCUAUGAAAUGUAUAAUACACCAAAAUACAUUGUGGCGACGUAAGUUGAUGGCUUUUGAAAUUUCAAAUAAAUGUUGGAGAAGAAAA